AUUUUGAUUGUGCCAUCUCUAGGAGUGCACGCCUCAGCUUAGUUGGGUGGGAAUAUUCAAAGGUUUCCAAUUACAUCCAUGGAAAGUACUGCGCAGAAGGGAUUUUAGAAGUCAUGGAAGCGGUGAUCAAGCAAGAAGUGAAAAUCGAAAACGAGGUGGAAGCGGCCAUCAACGAGGAUGACGCCACGCCACUGCGGGAAAGCACAGGACAGACUCCGCCGCACGCCUUUGCGGCAGCAGUUCCGAUGUCAGGGUGCGGUUGGGACAGUGAUCCGGAGGACGAAGGCCGUGGACCUCGGUCGGCGCCUCCGACGCCGGGCGCACACCUACAGGCGCCUCGGACUCCGGGUGCUCAUCUUGAGGCGCCUCUAGGAGCCAUCGUACCAAAGGCUGAGCCGGUGAUCAAAGAAGAAGCUGAUAACCAAGUGCUGGACGGCUUACUGGCAGAUCCUUUCGAUAUUGAUCCCCCCGCUGCUUUGCCAGCCUCGACGUCCCCGGCGGGUGUAAAGCCACAUGUGAAAUUGGAGCCAGUUGAGGUUGAGCAGGGCAGCUGUACCCGCGAUGGACUUCCCAGCUUAUUUACGAGGCGAGACAACCUGGACGAUAUGGAUCUGUGCAGCCUCGAGGCCUCCAAGAAGCUCGUGCCACACGAAGGUCAAGGAACACCGACUUUCAGCGGCCUCCAAGAAGAUCCGCUGACCGAGAGUGAACUUAUUGCCAGGCAACGUGAGAUCCUCAAAGAACUGGGCGAGCAUGACAUCAAGGAUGUAGGCAAGGAAAAUAGCGAGGGAAACGGCAGGGAAAAGAAGAAGAAAAAGAAGCAUAAGAAGGAUCGCUCCCAUCGGUCGAACAAAGAUCAGGAUGAGCCCAGAAAGCGAAAGCGAAGCAAUAGUUCGGAGAACGAGGGCGCCAAGGAGAAGCACCGUGGCGACCGUCAUGGGCGCAAGCAUCGCAUCAAGACCGAAAAGCCAGAUGAGGAAUUGGACUACGUCCCAGUUCGUCCCGAUGAGAAGUCCAUCCGGACGGUUAAGUUCUCUGAUCUCAGCGAGCGUCCACUGCCGCCGGCUGAACUGAAUACUAGCAAUCUGUCCAAGGCUGACAAGCGCAACCUGGCCGUGGCACGGGCGGAGUUGGUGCUGGAACUGUUCGAGAAGAAGGUCAACAAGGAGGUGGCGGAGGAGUUCCACAUGGUGGACACCAUCUGCAAGUUGCCUGUGAAUGAUUCCUUUCGGAACCAAGGUUGCUUCGAGAAUCCCUCGCCCAUAUGCAACAACAUGAAUGUGGUCUACGAGUUUAACUCCACGCCCGGAACCCGAAUCGAUUUGGCCAAAUGGGGCCUGGAAGGAGUGCCUAAGGCUACUGGGAAGCUGCUCCGCCUGCUGGGCAUCGAUGUAGCGCGUCUGAAGCAGAUCCAGAGCACGACCAAGCCAUCGCAGCGUAUACUUAAACUGAAGAAGGAAAAGCUCGAACAGGGCUUGGCCCCAACGGAGGAAGUGGACACGGCCACGCUCUACAAGAACGCAGCAACCCAAACGGAGCGCAGGACUGCCACCAGAGAUUCGGGCACACAGGUUCGCUUGGAAAGCCAACUAAAGGGGGCCUUCUGGCAGGACCCGAAGUUUGACCCAAUGGAUUUGACACAGCACCAGUCGAACGUGAUGUUUGCCCUGCAGGAGAUCUACAAGACCCUGCCUAGCUCCGCCGUGGCCGUUAAUCUCUACAGGGCAUUGCAACCGGCUCUGGCCAUUGCUCGUGCGGCAGCCCAACAGCAAUGAGCGUUCUGAGACGUAUUUGUAUUCCAAAGAGACGUGGCAAAUGAAGCAUUCGUUGAUUUCAGUGAGGGAAUCAUAGAUUGUAAUUGUUAGUUCUCACAAGUGUCUUUACCAAAUGCCUAUUAAAGGUCCAACCUUGUGUUUUCUCAAAUUGAUGUAUUUCUAAGCGCUCGCCGAAGGGCUGUAUAUUAAUCAUAUAAGUCAUCUCAAGUUGCGCAAUGUGUUCUCACUUUCUUUAUACAAUUAAUAAAUACACAUAUGCACAUGCAUCAUA